AUGCCCGGCGAUGCAGACGUGGAUGUGGCCGGGCUACAGAAAGAAACCGACGGCUCACAACCAAGUAAGGAAGCGCUGCAGAUGUUGCCAGAAGCACAGAUAGCGGCAGCCGCAACGGCAGCCAAAGAAACGCAGGCAGAACCUCCGGAGGCAACCACCGAGCCAAGGGAGCAAGCCGUGACAGCCAAAGAGCCUGAGGAAGCCAAGGCUGUGGAGGGGCCAAAAGCCAACGAGGCAGUUCCCCCGACAGAAAAGCCCGCCGAGCCUUCAGAAGAAGCAGGUCACGCAGACGCAGAGGCUGCGAAGCCGGCAGAUCCUGCCCAGCCCGCCAUGCUCGAGCCUGCGCAGCCUGCGGACGUGAAGAGCGACUCCACAACCGGGCCGGUCGAGGCGGUCCAGCAGGAAGAUCGGACAGCUUCGGAGCAGGGAGCAUCGGUAGAGGCAGCGCAGAAGGAAGACUCGUCUGAACAGGCGGUGACCCGCAGCUCUGGCCAGAACCAGAACGAGCAGAGGCGCGGGGAGGCGACAGAGGCUGAAAUGCCCGGAGAGCCGGCAAGCAAAGACUUGGACUCGAAAGCGGCCGUCCUAGCCCAGCCCGAGCCCGAGGAGCAAGCCGUGACAGCCAAAGAGCCUGAGGAAGCCAAG